AUGAGCGGCGAAAUCAAGACUAUUGCCCGUGCCCUUCGCUCUGCGAGCCACAACACCCUUCCCAAUGGUGAUCUUGUUCUCCUCAGCAACCAAGGCCGUCGUUUGAUCGAGAAGGUCUAUGAUGGUGACGAGCUCAAGGACCAACGAGUCGUUGCCGCUGGAGUCAAAGAGGGCUCAACUGCAGCCUACGCCGUGGCCAAAGACAGGACCUUCGUUGUGUACAUUGGCGAUGAUGCUUUGAUCAAGGCCAGUGAAUUCGACGAGGAUGCUGAAGAAUGGGAUGAUGCCGAACUUGAAGGCCUCGGAGAUGUGUCCGUUCACGAUGAAAGCCACAUCACCGUCGCGGGUCUUCCUGGAAUGAACCUUGUCCUGUACCAGGCACCUGAUGGUUCUAUCAAGACCAUCCAGCACAAUAAGGAGUCUGAUAGGUGGACUGAGCAGUUCAACAUCCCGGGAACAGCAGCAACUGGAACUCCUAUUGCUGGCUUUUCGACUGACGAGGCUCUAAUUGUCAGCUUCAUUGGGCGGGACAACAAGAUCCAUGCUCAUAAACGAGACUUUGAGACUGGAGAUUGGACUGACAAGAUUCUCCCCGAAUCCUCCUUUGACGAACCUGUCAACAACCUCAUCGUCGCCCAGGACAAAGACAGUGGCAAUUUUGAGGCCUAUGUCUUGGCCAACAACACAGUCUAUAACAUCACCAAGACCGGUACUCGCGAUACAGUCGGUGCUUUCAACCAGGAUGGAGACUUUGUGCCUGCUACCAAAGCUGAGUCUGGAGGCUGUUACGGAAACAACUGGGGCAACUACUGCGGAGGCUACACCUGUUAUCGCGGCUGUAGCUGUGGCUGCGCUCGUGGCUAUGCUUGCGGCUGCUACAGUUGCGGCUGCGGAUGCCCUCGUCCUCGUUGCCAGCCUCGCUGGGGAUGUUAA